UGACCCAAACGGGUAUUUUUCCCUUCCUUAAACCCUAGACUCCCACAACUCGCAUAUCUGUCUCUCCCCUCUCGCUAAGGUGGAAACUUUCGAAAUCAAGAUCAAGGAACAGGUUAGUUCUUUUCAUCUGAGCCAAGGUGCAGCAAAGAUGGUUAACCCACACUUUGAUGAUACUAUUAAGGUGGUUGGGGUGGAUGCAGAUGGUAAAAAGUAUGACAAAGUUUCACGUGUUCAAGCACGAGGGGAGGAAUCCGACAUGCACAUUGUGCUGGACGUGAACUCACAGUUGUACCCUAUGCAUGCCGGAGAGAAGUAUAGGAUGGUCUUGUCUCAAACUUUAAAUGAGGAUGGCUCAGCCGUUACCAACAAUUCUGGGGGAAGCAAGAAAUCACUUGCUGACAGAUUUGAGUAUGUGAUGCAUGGACUAUUAUACAAGAUCGCAGACGAUAAGAACCAAAGUGGUGAUGUUGAAGUGGCUGUAUACAUAUCAUUUGGAGGGCUUCAACUUCUGAUGAAGGGUGCUCCCGCAAAGAUGGGUAAAUUUAAGGUUGAUCAAAGGCUGUUUCUUCUGCUGCUGAAAGAGUAAUCAAAUUAAGCUUAGUUGCUUGCUUGUUUAUGGAUGCUAUUUCUAUUUCUCGUGAACUUUGUUCAAACCCUGUGAUUAACAUGUUGUCACUCGGUAGAUUAACCGGUGGUUUUUUCAGUUAAAUCUCGCCUACGGUGUUAACUCUUGGUCCCAUAAAGUUUGUGUACAUGAACUCCUACUAAAAAAAGCUGCGCCUUCUC